ACUACACUUGGGUUUGCACUGUGCUAUUUUGUUACAAUGUCGAGCGUAUACUACGAAGAUUCACCUGUCGAGGAGCAACUCCUCCUUCCAUAUACUCACAUCAGACAAAUACCAAGCAAAGAGAUGCGCAAGCGUAUCCAAAGUUCGUUCAACCAUUGGCUGCGCGUCCCCAAGGAUAAGUUCGAUGAAAUAGUCGACAUUACUGAGAUGUUACACGUGUGUUCCCUUAUCGCGGAUGACAUCCAAGAUGACACCCAAUGUCGGCGCGGUAUACCAUCAGCUCACGUGGUUUACGGCGUUCCGCUCGCCAUCAACUCUUUCACUAUUGUGUUGAUGAAGAUUCUAGAACGUUGCAUGCGGCUGCAUCCAAAGGCUGCCUUGAUUUAUCGGGAACAAGUUUUGAUGAUGUUCAGGGGGCAAGGAGAGGAGGUAUACUGGCGAGACAAUUUUGUCUGUCCUAAAGAAGAGCAUUACAAGAGGAUGCUGACGAAAAAAACUGCUGGCGUUUUCCUUUUCUGCUACCGUGCAUUGCAGCUGUUCAGUGAAGAGAAGAUAGAUUACACUGACUUCGUGAUAAAGCUAGGCUUCUAUUUUCAAUUGAGAGAUGAUUACUGCAACAUCUGUCAGCAAAAGGGAUUAGAAGAAAUGUCACAACUAACCAAUGAGAACUCUAGAGAUUUCUAUGACGAUCUAACAGAGGGCAAGUUUACGCUGCCGAUUAUUUAUGCUACCAGAACUUCGAAGGCGGACACUGUAUUGAAUAUACUUAGGCAAAAAACUCGCGACAUUACGCUGAAAAAGUACUUCGUGAGUCUGUUGGAAGAAUGUGGCGGUCUGCAGUACACGCGGGAAAUCAUGAAGGACCUCGACUCCAGCUUGCGAGAUGAGAUUAAGAAGUUUGGUGGUAAUCCAGCCCUAAUUGCCGUUAUGGACGAGAUGCUCAGCUGGCAGAACUCAUAGAUAAUGUUGCAUAUAUCAAUAUAACACAAUAAUAUGAUUUAUUAUUCUGAUACAUGAAUGGUUAAUAAAAUUGUUAAGUAAAAUCCGACCUGGUACCUGGUAGGGAUCCAGAAACACUGUAUAAAUUAUAUAAAACAUGUUAUUAUAAAGUUAUAUUAAAAUUGUUAAUUGUGUGGGUUUAAAUAAAAUUAAUAAAAUA